AUGCAUCGAGCUCCCAGACAUCCUCUCAAGAAAAUCUCCUUGGGGGAAUCUUACUUCAUAUUUGGUAAAUGCCAUUUUUGUAGAGAUACACUUGGUCAGCAGUAUUAUUAUUGUUCCAUAUGCAAUUUUUCCGUAGAUUUGAAGUGUUGGAUUGAUAAGCCGCAGCUAACUAUUUAUCAACCAAAGAGCCACGAGCAUACAUUCACCCUCAUGGCGAGAAGGGACUCCUUCACUUGUAACGCAUGUGGGAUGGUUGGUGACCGUAAUCCUUACGUUUGUCUUGAAUGUAAUUUCAUGCUGCACAAAGAUUGUAUUUAUUUGCCUCGGGUCAUAAACAUUAACCGUCAUAAACACCGCAUUUCUCGCACUUAUCAUCUUGGGCCCGGCUUCGGGGACUGCGGAGUUUGUCGCGAAGAGAUAAAUUGGACCUUCGGAGCUUUCUUUUGCAAGAGUUGUCCUGAUUAUGCUGUUCAUUCAAUAUGUGCGACAAGGAAAGAUGUUUGGGAUGGAGAAGAACAUGAAGAUGAUCCUGAAGAAGAGGAAGAAGAAGAUCCAUACAAGGUAAUAAAUGAGAGAGAAAUCAUUCAUUUCAGUCAUAAACAUAAUCUAAGACUUGAUGAUGAUUAUGCUGCUGAUUAUGAAGCAUGUGGUAAAUAUUCAGAGUUUGUCUUAAGCUGCAUUGUUUGCGAUUUCAAUUUAGGCAUGGAUUGCGGUAUUUUACCAAGAAAAGUGAAACACAGAUGCGAUGAUCAUUUUUUGUCGUUGCAUCAUGGCGCAGGAAGGUCCAAGGGUCAGUUGUGGUGUGAUUCCUGUGAGGGAAAGUUGGAUCCAAGUGUCUGGUUUUAUGGUUGUGAUGAUUGUGGGACCAAUCUCCAUAUCGACUGUGUACUUGGAGACUUGUAUUACUUAAAGCCAGGGAACAAAUACGCCAAAUCUGAACUAGUUGCCAACAAUGGUAUGACUAGACCUUUCUGCAUAGUGUGUGAGAAUCGUUGCAUGUCCUCUUCCUUUCUUAAGGCUACUGAUGAGUCAAAUUCAACUAUUGUGUACGCUUGUUCAAUGUUGUGUGCAUAUGGACACCGCGGACGUGAUUGGUAUUAUGAAGUUAAAGUUGAGUAUGGCUGAGAGAGGGUCAACAAGGAACAGAAA